UCUCCUGGCCUGUGAUUGGAGGACGAACUGUCAGGUGACACACCAGGAAGUGCUGGCAGUCGAGAGUACAGUGAGAGCGAGAAUUCUGUGUUGUGGUGACAGUCAGUGUAGGCAUGGAGGGCUUUCAGCUGGAGGAGACCGAGAGCAGAGCUACAUACUCCAUACCACAGGGGGAGACCAUGAUAGGAAGAGGAGCCUUCCUGGGGGUUUCAGAUAAGAGAGUGUCAAGAAAUCAUGCUGUACUAGAGGUGGUAGAUGACAAGCUCCGCAUUAAACCGGUACACGUGAAUCCUUGUUUUUAUCAAGCCUCUCACAACGACACCUUUAUACCUUUGAAAAGAGAUGAAUGGUUUUGGCUGCACUCUGGUGACUGCAUCUCCCUCUUACCAGACAAAUACUCUUUUCGGGUCAUUGCAAAACAUCCUUUACAGGAGGCAACACUGAGGAAUAGUCAAGCACUUGAUGAAGGAUGUGAAUUAAAUAAUGGCUCUCCAUGUUCCACAAGAGACUGUGGGGCAAAAAUUGAAGUGGAAGAACCUUCCUGCUCAGGCAUGGAUAAUAUCAAGCCAGUUUCAUCACGACCAUGUGAAAAGGGAAAAGAUGAAAACUGCACUGAUUUGUCCAGUGCUGUAACCUAUAAAGUGGAUGUAGAACAAUCCAGACCUGCACCAAGAAAACGUACCCUUCCAAAGUGGAUGUUGCAGGGCGAUCUCACAAUUCAGAGUCUCCCAUCUCCUGUGGUUAAAGCAGGAAAGAAGAGAAGGAAUGUAACAGCUAAGACAAAAAUAACUGUAGACGGUGGCACAGAAAAGAGGCAACGACAUCCUAUUAAAUCGAAGGAUGAUGGAGAUGAAGGUGUUAUGAAGAAGAGUAAGGUUGUAGUGCAAACAGAGGAUUUGCCUGGAACUUCCACUGAAGCUGUCCCAGCAAGUGUAGAACAUGAAAUCUCAGUUGAGCCUGUAAUAGAAAAUGAAGACGAAAUGGAGGUUGAAAGUCAUGACCACUCUCCUUGUCCAUCACCCAGACUGGAAUCAAGUGGCAGCCCAGCUGGCAGUUCUGCUACUAAACCAUGUCAAACUUCAGAUUCUCCAGCAGGGCACAAUGGCAUAAGCCAAAAUAGCAGAUCACCACAGACUGCACAGCAAGCUUCGAAGCCUAGACCGCCUUGUAUGUAUGCUGAACACUGCUACAGAAAAAAUCCAGUUCACUUUCAGGAGUUCAGUCAUCCCGGAGACGGUGAUUAUCGCGACAGUGGGAGUCAGGAAGAUGACGAUGAUGACCGGCCAGAGUGUCCCUAUGGUACUGAUUGUUACAGGAAAAAUCCACAGCACAAGCUGGAAUACAAGCAUACUAAACCUCCAG